AACACAUCAUUCCAAGUUCCGAGCUUAUCCACGGCCGCGACCCCGCCCAAGGUACCGCAGCAGGUGUUUCGCCGAUUUAGGUUCCUGCCAAUACUCUCGCCUGUGAAAGGCUUACAGACGGGCUGCUGCGCGCUUGACUACCCGAUCGGCACUUCUUUCCCUGGACAGCCAAACAGAGGCCCAGCCCAGCCCUGUGACCUGUGACGACGCGCAAAUUGCAUGUUCCCAAAGGUAUGUGUUCUUUUCUGUAUUGCUGCUAUUAGUUCUCAUGGUCGCGGCGCCAUGGAUGCGCUUUCUUGAGAUGGCGGCGCUGUUGUUGCUGUCGCCAUGGCAUCGCGCACCCGCCCCCUUCUUCUGCCAGGCGCGACCGCAUGGGACGCCCAUUGACCCACUCGAGCCUCCAUCACUCCUUCCAGCCUCCAUGCCUCGGCUCUAACAAGGGCAGCAAACACGCAGGUCGCUCCUGCCGCGCGCAUUAUAAUUCACCACGCGAUGCCCUCUCCGCCGCUAGCCGACUCCCAAGGCCUCGAUCCCGCCCACGGCGCGUCCACAAACGGCAACAGCAGUGAAGGUGCUGUCCAACCCGCAAACGCCCCAACCAGCAUCAAUGGACCCGACAGCGCGUCCAACGAGAACAACGCGAUUCGAGACGGAAAGCAGAAGGCCAAGGCUGUCAUGGCGGCUUCUGGCUUGAACCUCACCGGCGCGCAGGGCGACACGGCAUCGCCAGCGCAGCCCGAAGCCAUCAACGGCGCGUCGCCUAGUAGAAAGCGAUCGCGUUCGGGAACCCGCAAGUCUUCACGCACGCCUUCUCACGACGAUGGCGCGAAACCCACAACCUCGCAGGCCCAUCUCCUCGACCGCCACAUUGCGCGCGACCUCCUCGACAGCGUAAACAAGUACGAGCGCAACAAACAUUCCGAGAAGGUCUAUGGCGAGCUGAACGACCUGCGCCAUUUCUACCGCGACGAGGUAUACCCUGUCCGACGACAGAACCCCGGCGCCAUCUUUGGAUAUGGCUAUGCUGGCUACGGCAACGGCGUGACCGACAUACCACCCGAUCCCAGAGACCCGCGAGCCCUACCGCAAACGAAGCUGCUAUAUCCCGAACAUGCCAAGCGCGCCGGUCGUCGACUCGCGCCGCAACUCAAGGUUUCGAAAGAGAAGGGUUUGCAGCAAGCAGACCAGAUCGAAGAGCUUGUGCCUGUGCGUCUGGACAUCGAAUUAGACAGACUGAAACUACGCGACACUUUUACCUGGAACCUCCAUGACCGUGUUACCAACCCUGUGCUCUUCGCCCAGACCCUCGUCGAGGACUUCCAGAUACCACCCGAGCUGCGUCAGAACGUUAUGCAACAAAUCGAUCGCGAGAUCCACGAGCAGGUUCAAGACUACUACCCUCACGCUUUCUUCGAUGAUGAGCCUCUGGACCCCCAUCAGCCAUACUCGGCAUACAAGAAUGACGAGAUGCGGAUAUUGAUCAAAUUGAACAUUACCAUUGGCCAACACACUCUUGUGGACCAGUUCGAGUGGGAAAUCAACAAUCCUCUGAAUGCGCCCGAGGAAUUUGCAAGGCAGAUGGCUGCUGAUUUGUCACUGUCCGGAGAGUUCACUACCGCCAUUGCCCAUUCCAUAAGAGAGCAGUGUCAGAUGUUCACAAAGAGCCUGUACAUCACAGGUCAUCCCUUCGAUGGACGACCAGUUGAAGAUACCGAUAUCCAGGACAACUUCUUGGCCUCACCACUCCCCUCUGUAUUCCGCCCGAUGCAGUCUACAAAGGAUUACCAGCCGUACCUAUACGAACUGAGUAACGCUGACCUAGAACGAGCCGAACUAUCGAUUAUGCGCGAACAGCGGCGCCAGAAACGAUCUGUCAACAGACGUGGCGGCCCUGCCCUGCCAGACCUUAAAGACCGCCAACGGACAGUACGCACCUUGGUUGUUUCUUCAGUCCUACCUGGUGCUGCAGAAACCAUCGAGGACAGUCAGCUCUUCAAGGCUACACGCAAAAUUAGAGAGGGCCGCCGUCGUGGUGCUGAUGGAAGCUCAGACGAAUCGGAUAGUGACGAAUCGGUAGUAGACUCUCCCGCACCUGCGCAACUGACCGGAGGUACUGCGCGGACCCGGGGUAUGCGUGGAGCUGCCACUGCUGCUCAAGCUGCUAUGCGGUCCGCUAUUGGAAGAUCAGCAACCCCCGAAGUGUCCAACAUUCAACCUCAUCACGAGCCACGGGCAUCCAGAUCACUACGAUAUGAGGCGCGGGAAGAGAGUGUAUCUGAGCCUACAACACUCAUAGUCAAACUCCGCAUAUCGCCCGUCAAACUUAGGGAAUUGCAGAGAAACCCAAGGGCUUUCGCAAAGCCCGCCUCGACUCCCAUGGUGGCCCCCUCGCAACCCCCAACACGAAGCACACCUACCGCAAACUCAAUGCCACCUCCACCAUCACCAGCCAUACCUACUCGUUCAACCCCAACCGCAUCAGCUUCGGUAGAAGCUUCGCCGAAACCUCCGCCUACGCCCACACCAACGACCCAGAACAAGCAGUGGCAGUACAGGCCGGAUGGUUCACUUGAGGCACCUUGGCCAACGCCCGCCGUUUCUCAACAUCCUCCCACUCCUCCGUGGCUUCAACAAGCACUCCAGGAUCUACGUGAUCGAAAUCCCGGCGAGCUCUUCGAAUCUACUAUGCGCUAUGCUGUCAUGAAUGAGCGCUACGAGGACCCGAAGACGGGCGAUAUUGUGUCCCGACAAGUCAAGCUUGAUACGCUACAACCAAAUGCCCCCCUGCCAGCGAACCACAAAGCAUAUUUCUUGCCGCGAAUCCGGUGCAUAGACUGCCCGGGCAAAUUGUACAAUGCUGGACCCGAGCAAACAGUCAAUAAUUUCGAACUACAUCUGAAGAACCGCGUACAUAUGGAGAACGUGCGCAAACGGACUGGACAGCCUUUGUAGGGCAGGGCAUCCAGACCUUCUGGCAGCGCGAAUAGGAAAUGAUAUUCAGAAGCAUAGCGGGGUCUUUUUGAUAUAUGCAAGCGCAUUCUAGGGUAUAAAUUCCCGUGUAAAACAGCGGAUCAGUUGGGAGCAUGUGGAGUUGGGCAUACAGACAACGUGCUGGUGCAUCGGCGUUCUCAUUUGCCGGCUACAACUUGAAAAUCAGUUGUUCCGUCUUGGAUUACCACUUUGAAGAGUGGACACAAUCGCAAAUUUUGAUCUUUGUCCGAGGCUACUUUAAGUACCUUCCUACUUCUUUUCGUUGCUGGUGUCGUUUGUAAGGUAUAAGUAGGGGUUGGUAGUCUUCGACGCAGCAAUGUAAGUAGGCGUCAAUCACUAUUAUUCACAUCUUCAAGGC